CGCGGCGAUAAAUUAAAAGCACGAGAAGGAAACGGUUGCCGAGAACAAAAAUUAUAAGGGGAGAGGAGAUCGUUACGUUCAAGAUUUACGAGUCUGCACGAGUCGCGCUGGUUAAGUGCGGACCAAUUAGGCGAAUGCAGUUUUGGGCAGCCGCCACUCUCGUCGAUGAUUUACACGACGAUAACUCGUCGUUUCAGCGUCGUUCGUAAUUUCGACCGGCGAUCUUGCGAAAUCCCGCCGCGACGCGUAAUCCGAUUUAUAUCUCGUUUUAUUUUUCAUUUCACUUAACAACGUUUUCUCGCGUACGCAGGCGCGAAAAGCCUGCCAUCCGCGUUAAAUUCCUUGACGAAUUUAGAGAGCGGACGCGACGCUGCAAGCGGGCGCGCGCGCUUGGCUUUUCUUCGCAAUGCGUCCUGGAAUUUUCUCUAUUGUGCUUUGUUUCUCGGUGCCCGAGACAAAAGAACACGCGAUAACCAUGCUGGACCUCUUCGCACCUAUUAAAUGCCUGCUGCAGGAGGAGCCCGUUCGUGUCGACAAUGUCGUCUUCAGGCUGCACUCGCGCGUCACCGUUCUCCUGCUGCUCGUUUGCACGAUUCUCGUAACUGCCAAGCAGUACAUCGGCGAGCCGAUUUCUUGCAUGACCGAUGCUUCCGUCGGUACGAAUUCCCGAGUGCUGGUGUGGGACAGGCCCUUCCCGGUGACGAGACCCGUCAUCACCGUUAUUAUCAAUGGGUCAGCUGAAUUUAGAACGUUCACGACACGGACGGAUGAGGAGAUAACCGAUAUGGACAAAUCGCAGACGAAUAGGUGCAAUGUUCGUCAGGUCUGCUUCGUUCUCGGUUUGCAAGCCAUCCUUUUUUACGUGCCGCGCUCGUUAUGGGGCGUCUGGGAGAGAGGUACCAUAGGCCUCCUCUCGCGAGAUCUCGCGUCACCCUUCCUGAGGGACGUCUGGACCGAGGAGAGGAGGCGGCAGCUCGUCGAAUAUUUCACCAAGACGAAUCUGCACGCUCACAACUUUUACGCCAUGCGUUUCUUCGUGUGCGAACUCUUGAACUUCUUAAAUUCGAUAGGGCAGAUAUAUCUGUUGGAUAUAUUUCUGGAGGGACAGUUUAGGCGGUACGGGCCCCUGGUGAGCACGUUUCUCGCGGAGGAAAAUCCCCACGACAGGGUCGACCCUAUGGCGCGACUGUUUCCGAAGGUGACUAAGUGCACGAUUCACACGUUCGGGUCCACGGGUUCCGUGCAAACUCACGACGCUCUCUGCGUACUGCCGUUGAACGUGGUGAACGAGAAGAUCUUUGUCGUUCUCUGGUUCUGGCUGGUGUUUCUCGCGGGUGUCGGUUGCCUAGCGGUAAUUUAUAGAAUCGUAGUUUUCUCUCAAGCUUGGGCAAGAGUGUAUCUUCUGCGAGGUGCAGUUCGCAGACUUGAGAAAUUAAAGGCAGAGCGUAUCGUGCGAGUAUUCCAUUUCGGCGAUUGGUUUCUGUUGCACCAACUCGCACAGAACGUCAAUCCUAUCGUGUACAUGGAACUGGUUAACGAGAUAGCGACAGCCUUCACGACCAAGAGUUUCACGGACUUCAUCUAGAUCUCCUCUCGACCUCGCCUAAGUAGCAUUACGCGGAAUUCAAUUUACGAAGCUCAAAAUGUCCUUAUAAGACGUAAACGUUUGAUGGAUAUUUCGAAUAUCUUCUAAUAAAAGAAAAAAUAAAUAUUUAUAAAGAAUGUACUGUGUGAUUUCAAUAAAGAUAAUUAAAACUUUGUAA